AGCUCACUUUCAUAUGCUCUACUAACGUCGCUGGCUGCUUCCAUCUUAACCUGCUUUUAGCAAGUCUUGUCACUCGCUUUCGGUAUCCCGCUGCAUAAACCGGCGCCUACGCAAGGCCUUUUGCGAUAAGGCUUUUUCUUCAGGUUAUCGCAAAAGAUCGCGACGGGCUGCUGCAGAAAACUUGCACCUGGGGUCAACUGCCCCUUCUGCGUGGCUCUUCACGACGGAUCCCCAAGAAGCACGCGCGACGGGUCAGCCUAAGCAGUGCGUAGUAGCGUGGUGCUAGGGCCUUAGCCUGGGGUAGGCUACUGGCCAUCGCGAUGACAGGGACGGGUGGGCUGCUGCUCCUCUUGAGCAGCUGGGCCACCAUCAGCGUAGCUACUGACGUGUGCAGCUCGUUCAUUUGGGAUGCGGCGGCGCUCAGCGGCUACUGCACGACGACCGGCGCUCUGGCGUACCGGUCGCCGGCAUGCAGCGUCUACCGCCUGUGCAACGGGAACGCGAGCCCGCCGCUGGGCAGCACCAUGUGCGCAACGGACCGCCUCUUCAUCUCCCUGUGCGCGGAUCAGCCAGCUCUCACACAAUGCAAAAAGUUUCAGCAGGCGUUCAGCACACCCGCGAACUUCACCGCGUGUCAGGCCUCAAAGGCCUUCAAGAUCACCAGCACAAGCCAAGUCCAGAACUACAUGACGACCAACUGCGCGGGAGGGCACCGCAUGGCGGGCUGCGAGCGCUGCAACAACACCGCCUGCGACACGCCCGACCCGCUGCUCGCCUACACGGACUCUUGCAUCGACAUGCUCAUGGGCGGCUGCGAGCCGUGGGAAAACCUGUGCGCCGCCGAGAGCCCCGCGGCCGCACAGCUGCUGUGCCUGCCCGCCUCCCAGCGCACCCCCACCACCCCCGGCGGCGGCGUGAGCAGCAGCACUCCGCCGCCCUUCUCCGCGGACCCGUGCGUGCUGGACUCCACGGCGCCGGCCUGCAAGGGCUACACGUACCCGGACGCGGCGGCGGGCGCCGACAUCGCCAAGCUGUGCGGCUCCAUGCCCGACAUGCCGGGCUGCGCCGUGGUGGUCGCGUGCGAGGAGGGCUCUGGCCAGAAGGUGGCCGCCAAGUACUGCCGGCCCUUCACGCUGCUGGCCACCCUGUGCGCCGACAUGCCUGGUAUGCGCGGCUGCGAGGCCUACAAGGCGCUGUGCGGCAAGGCCGGCAGCGUGGUGGCGCAGUGCGCCGAGCAGCGUGCCAUCCCGGGGCUUCCUACCUGGUCGGUGGCGCGCAAUGACGUGUUCUCCGCCUGCGACGACCACCCCAUGUCCGCCUGCGCCACUUGCUCCUCCACCGACUGCCCCAACCCGCUGGGCAGCCUGGCAGGCAUAUGCCACGAGAUGCCAAACAUGGCGGUGUGCAAGGACUUCUGGGGCUUCUGCAACACCGCGGGCGCCCAAGACGUGGCGGAGUGGUGUGCGGAGGACGACAGCAAGUACCUGCCCUCCAUGCUCAUGUACUUCCACCAGCGCACGCAGGAGCUGCUGCUGUGGAAGGAGUGGCGGCCCAUGACCCAGGGCCAGUAUGCGGGCAGCGUCAUCGCCAUCGUUGCCAUGGGUGUGGUCACCACCGGCCUCAAGACGCUCAAGGGGUACCUGUCGCUGCGCUGGGCGCACGAACGUGCCGCGCUGGGCGAGGCCGCGCCCGUGCCGUCCAGCGUGUGGCUGCCGGCGCGCGAGCAGCUGUCGGAGAUCGCCAUCAAGUGCGGCAUCACAGGCAUCUCCCUGACUCUGGACUACUUUAUGAUGCUCAUCGCCAUGACCUUCAACAUCGGCUUCUUCUGCGCCGUCAUCGGCGGCUACGUGCUGGGCUCGAUGGUGUUUGGGCACGUGCUGGAAAACUACGGAGCCAUCCUGCACCACGAGCGCCGCGUGGCGAACGCCAAGGCGCGCCGCGGUUCUGGCGAUGCCCUCGGAGCCAACACUGCUGACCACAAGAAGGGCGCCAGCAGCAGCGCCGCCGCCGCCGCCAACGGCAGCAGCACGACGCGGCUAACGGCGUCGGACGAAGAGGAGGAGGAAGAGGAGGAGGCGUUCCGCGUUACGGUAGCGGAUGCGGACUGCAACUGCGUACACAGCGCGUAAGCCGUGCCGUGCCGAGUCGUGCCAUAGUAGCUGGGAAAGGGGGAUUCAGCUAGACGCAGCAUCUGUAGCAAAAAGCAGCCAGCAGCAGCAGCAGCAUCAUGAUGGGGUUUCAACGGUUGGUGGCAAGCAUGUUUGCAUGUGGCUGCCGAGGUGACUGGCAAGAUGGAAGAGGCCAGAGGCGGUUCACCGGCACGGCAGGGAGGGAGCUCUGGCGCACGGGCACAUGAUGGCUAAGCCAUAUGUUGUUGCGCCGCCCGUCGUUUUAUGUUGUGCUGUGCAUACUGUACACACACUGUGAAUAAGGCAUUAGUGUUUUACCUGCAUGUCUUUGCACAAUGUGCUGCGUGGCUUGGGUGUGGGCCUAAAACAAUUGACGUCAUUAGUACAAUGGCUAGACGGAAAUUGCCAAUCGGGACACGCCCAGGGCGAAGAGCACAGCGUGCGGCAGCGGCCAGGUAGGGGGUGGGGGCAUGUUAGUACUGCCAACUCGGAUUUCGAUCUCUGUGGCCCUGUGCGUUUGCCAACGGGGACUAUGUCUCAGAGCUGUUGCUGUGUUUAUUAUGUCUGUGGGUGUGCUGCGAACGUCCACCAAACCCAAUCAAGCUGUAGCGAGGGGGCCUCCGGGUCUUCCCUGCGGCACACAGAACCCAAGUACCAAGUAGGGUGUUGCGGCCCAGUGGUGUUGCUCCAGGAUGAUUGAGGAAGUGAGCCGAGUCGAUCGGUGCUACUAAGUUUGCGAUGGCCAUGUGGUGUGCGGUUUGCGUGGGCGGGGGGAGGACGCAUGACAGUGUCGGCGCGCGCGGGCUGGAGUAAGCGUGUCAUGCCCUUGUGACACAAACCCAACA